AUGGCGAAUAAGUUUACCCCCGAGCAGCGAAACAAGUUGGCUGAGAGAUUGGAGCUCAAUAUCAGCGAAAGGAAAAAGGCAAUGGCCAGAGAAUAUCAAGAGAUUGCAGAUAAUUUGGAGGAAAGAUUGAAAUACAGAUUGAACCGUAUUCCAAACGAGUUCAAAUCAUUGAAGAUCAAAGACAUAAUCCAGCUUGAGAGAACAAAACAAAUAAAUUUUGCAACGUUAAUCGCCGAUAUAAGAAACUUGAAACAGAAUCUCAUCCAGCAAAAAACAAUUUCUAUGCAUCAGAAUAGCCGGUUUCAAAAUAGAAAUGGCAUUCAAAGACACCCCAGACGUCAAACGAGACAGAAGCUACCUCAAAUCCAGCUUUCGAACAACCAGACCCAGCUCAGUAACACUGGAAACAACGAGGGGAUCAGACUGCGGUUAAGAAGCGCAAAGGACCGGCACAUCACCAAGACGCAGAAUGGGGUCCAGAAGUAG